AUGGUACAUUCAAGCAGAACAACAACAACAGCGAACGGUGCCCUACAGGGAGGGUUGCCAUCCCAAGGUAGCAGAAUCCCAUUUGCACAAGCUAGUCAAAAAAAUAAAAUGGACGGAAAGAAGGCCUCAGGAUCGUCCCUCUUUUUCACUAAAAGAACUGCGAUGUUAUUUUUUGUUCUUGCUUUUAUCUUUUUAAAGCAUCAAGAGGAUUUCAGAAGACAGGAUGUGAAUGCUCCAUUACAACUGCAUAAAAGUAUUGGUAGAAAUUUAGCAAGCGCAGAAGUAGCAACUCCAUCACAAAAUAAAUCCUCACUUAAAGAUUUAUUUCAGAAAAAGGAGAAAAAAGAGAAAGUUCCUGAAGUUAAGAAAGGGGCCUCGGGGUCCGGAAACAAAGCACCGAGUGCUGCUGGGAACAAAGCGCCAAGUGCUGCUGGGAACAAAGGGCCGAGUGUUGGUAGGAACAAAGGGCCGAGUGUUAGUAGGAACAAAGGGCCGAGAGUUGCUGGGAACAAAGCGCCGAGUGUUGGUAGGAACAAAGCUCCAACUGGAGUAGAAAAUAAAGCUCCAACUGAAGUAGAAAAUAAAGCUCCAACUGAAGUAGAAAAUAAAGCUCCAACUGAAGUAGAAAAUAAAUCCCCAACUGAAGGAGAAAAUAAAUCCCCAACUGAAGGAGAAAAUAAAUCCCCAACUGAAGGAGAAAAUAAAUCCCCAACUGAAGGAGAAAAUAAAUCCCCAACUGAAGGAGAAAAUAAAUCCCCAACUGAAGGAGAAAAUAAAGCUCCAACUGAAGGAGAAAAUAAAGCUCCAACUGCAUCAGAAAAUAAAUCCCCAAGUAUUGCUGAAAAUAAAGCUCCUGGUGGUCAAGCAAAUACAAAUAACCCUAAUGUUACUUCCAGUACAAGCGGAAAUGGAGGAAAUCGCCCCUAUCGUAAGCCAAGAGGAAGGAGUGAUAUAAAGUCUGAUGAGGAGUACUACAGUUCAGAUGAAGACGCAUAUACUAGGAAAUGA